CGUUUUCUUUCGUUCCGCUGCUGUUUGUGAGACUAGCUUCUGGGAUCUUGGGCCUCGGGUGGUAGCCGAUGCCGUUCCCUACGCCUUCAGUAAAGAAGGGCAGAGGGCUCUCUGGUAUAGCGAAGUGGAAGAGGGGCGCACAUACAGCGGGUUUUUGGUGCUCGGGGGAGCAGAGCAAGAGGGAAAGAAGCUCUAAAACUGCGCUAAGAAUGGGCGGGAGUAGCAGAAGAGUUGUGAAGAUUAUUGGCUGGCAGGAGUGGUGGGCGGGGCAUAGGCCGAGCUGCCUAAUUUAUUGGUGGAAUUUGGACCCCUCGUUUUCUCGUUACUGCCACGUUGACGCUACUUAGAGCCCGGCGGUGUUUAGCUCCGUUGUCUGUCCCUGUGUCCUCGGAAACCAACGGAUUGGAAGGACUUUUAAAAAUAUGGGAGGAAAGAGCCAAAAGCUGAAGAUAGCGCGCUGUAUCACCGAUCUUCUUAGGUCUACCAUGUCCAGACUUUAGUUUGGACGAAUUUGAGGUUAUUGGGGGCAACAGCAGGUGGCACAAAUCAGGCUCGGUGGAAACGGGCAAAUACAGGUUGGCUCCAGUUGAAACGGCUUGAACGGUGUCCCUGCGACUCACCGUCUGCACCAAUUACGAAAGCGAUGACGUCUGUGUGUUGUUAUGAGGUUCUCGAACUGAGUGGGUAGAAAUGCGAAGACCUAGAGUUCCCACAUUUCCUUUCUGUAAGGUGGGAAGUCCAAGAUCAAGGUUCUGGACAGUUAGCUUUCUGGUGAGGGCUCUAUUCCUGGCUUGCAGAUGGCUGCCUUCUCACUGUGUCCUCAGAAUUACAUUUGUUCUACCUCAUCGACUGGACUAUAAGCAUCCCAGGUCCUGCUUCUCUCUGUCUGCACUCUGCCCUGACCUCCCCAUGUGGUCCCUCAAGGCAUGCCAGGUACUUCCUCCAGGACCUAUUUAGGAGCAGGCCUUCGAUAUUUUGAAUCACCUUUACAUGGAGCACAAAGAUGAUGAUGAUGAUGAUGUGUCUUUUGCCAAAUGGAUGAGCAGCUUCUGGGGUCACAGCUGGAUAGAGGAGGAUGAGAGAGGACUCCGGGACCGCCGUGGAUCACAAGACUCCAGUUACAGGAAAACCUCCCUGCCCUGUCCAGAGAAAGCUCCUACUGAUCAAGAAGAUAAAAUUUCAGUUCAACGUGAGAUUUGUUUGUUGCCUGUGCUUCCCAGCGUGAUGUUGUCUGACAGCCAUCCUAGAAGGCAUUCUUAUGAGGACCAGGGAUUUCAAUGCCAUACUCACAUGCGGGAUUACAGAAAAUGCUCAGGGGAUGGGUCAUUCAAGGAGCCACUGGAAUCAAAAAUAAGAUCCCAUUCCAAAAUUCAGGCAUUUUCAGAGUCCUUUGAACAGCAACUCUGCUUUAGAACCAAACGCUCUGUCUCUUCGGGACCUGAGAGCAGAAAGGAGAGAAAUGAGAGAGAAUGCCGGGCACUGGAAAUGAGGUCUUGCAAGAAAGUGGAGGAAAGAAGGAGCUCUAGGAAGGAAGAGCGUGGAGAAGCGUACCUGCCCGCCCUGUCUGAAAAGGGGCCCAAAUAGUACUUUGUUUCCACACCAUGACUACUGAUGCAACUGUGUUUUUUGAGCCCCAGUUCACCAGGCCCAGGAGUGGUAGCUGUAAAGAGUCUGCAGAUGCUGAGUGACUCAAGUGGGUGGUUGAUUCAGCUGCUCCCCGAGACAGCUUGCAUCAUACUCCAGCUGCUUUUCAGAGUGUGAGCUGCUCUGUUGCCCUUUUAUGGGAAUAAAAAGGAUAAAAGGUAUUUUAAUAGAAUAAAGUAAUUCUUGAAAAUGUGAAGAGAGAUAUUUGAAGAGCUACCCACACAUCUUCACCAACCCUUCUUCCACAUCAACCUCGCAAAUAAUCUUAAAUAAAAGUCAU